CAGAGGAGGAGUGAAGAAUUGAAGGCUUGGGGGUUAAGAGUAGGAGAGGAGAGGUCCAAAGGCGACAAGAGCAAAAAAGCACAGUUGGGGUUUUGUGGCUUCGGGGUAUAACGGUAAAAGAGUGAGAAAUGUUUACAUGCAUAGCAUGUACGAAGCAAACGGAGGAGGACGGAGGAGAGCGUGGGAGUGGCACCCCAAGUACAAAAGAAGCCGUCAAAAGCCUGACUACGCAGAUCAAGGAUAUGGCAUUGAAAUUCUCUGGUGCUUACAAGCAAUGCAAACCAUGCACAGGAUCAAGCAGUAGCUUCAAGAAGGGGCCAAGGAAACCUUACCCUGAUUUUGACACUGCUUCUGAAGGGGUUCCAUACCCUUAUAUGGGAGCUGCAAGCUCAAGUUCUACACCUGCUUGGGACUUCACCUCUAAUCAUCAACUUGGUGCAAGAUCAGACUCGAGAUUCACGCGACCAUAUGGGGGCGGUGGUGAUCAGACUCGAGAUUCAACAUGUGAAGUUGUGUUAGAGGAUGAGGAUGAGCCCAAGGAGUGGAUGGCACAAGUCGAACCAGGAGUGCACAUCACCUUUGUUUCACUUCCUAAUGGGGGAAAUGAUCUUAAACGAAUUCGUUUCAGCCGAGAGAUGUUUAACAAAUGGCAAGCUCAGCGAUGGUGGGGCGAGAAUUAUGACCGCAUAAUGGAGCUCUACAAUGUCCAGAGAUUCAACCGGCAAGCUCUUCACACUCCACCCAGGUCUGAAGAUGAGCCACCAAGAGAAUCUUUUUAUUCAAAAAUGGAUUCUGCUAGAGAAAGCCCCAUGGUUCCAACAAAUUGGACACCAAGGCACCACUAUAAACCCUCUGGAGCUGGAAGCGGAGGAUACUUCCCAUCUGAUGGUCAUCAGUACAAUGCAGGUGGAUCUGUUGAUGCAUCGCGAACAACAACCUCAUCUAGGGAUGAAGCUUCAGUCUCUAUUAGCAAUGCUAGUGAUGUGGAGUCAGAAUGGGUCGAACAAGAUGAGCCUGGGGUGUAUAUAACUAUUCGACAGCUAGCUGAUGGCACUAGGGAGCUCCGGCGUGUUAGGUUCAGUCGCGAAAGGUUUGGGGAGAGGAACGCAAAGACAUGGUGGGAAGAAAACCGAGAGAGAAUACAAGCUCAAUAUCUUUAAACUUUAACUUUACACAACCAACAUAUCCGGUAGAGAGGAAAUGAAAGACUACCACUUCAAGUUGCACCUGGAUGUCUCAAAGAACAUGGAAAGUGGAACUUUGCAGUAGUCUUCCAAAUAUAUCAGUCUUGCCACCAGCGAGAGAUGGUCAGAAAUUAAAAUCACAUUGUAUGAUGAUAUUUAUGAUGGUCUAACACUUCAAAUUAUGUUUUUUUUUCUUACUACCAUUCUCUUUGAGGGUUCAUUUUCAUGGGACAUCCCAAAGUGUCCAGUUUUGCCUUCAUUGUUGUCUGUCAUUACUCCUAUAACUUUUAGGCCAGGAGGGGAACAAGUUACUGAAAUAUUAUGGGUGUCGUUUUCUCUUUCACGGCUUGUAGUGUUUGGG